AUGGCUUCAGUUGUACCCAUUCUCCAUAGUCUCCUCAACCAAAACUCAAACCUCCCAUCUCUCUCCCAUUCUCAACCUCUUUUCUCAAGAUCCACCAACCACAAAUCCAAAUUCCUCAAUCUCUCAAGAAAACCUAAUAAUCCACCAAUAUUGCUUCUCAAAUGCUCUUCUUCCUCUUCCAUGCUAAAUAAACUAGAAGAAAAAGAAGAAGAUGGAGAAGAAGACGACAUCAGAGAAGGAGAAUUAUCACCACCACCACCACCACCACCACCACCUCCUCCGUUGAGCGAUGUAUGGGAAGAAAUCCAAGGUAAGAACAACUGGGAAGGUUUGAUAGAUCCAAUGGAUCCUAUCCUACGGAAAGAAAUCAUUCGCUACGGUGAGUUUGCUCAAGCAUGCUACGAUUCCUUCGACUUUGAUCCACACUCAAAGUACUGUGGAACCUGCAAGUAUCAUCCUUCGCAUUUCUUCGAUAAACUAGACAUGGCUGAGAGUAGUGGAUACACCAUAACACGUACACAUGCUAACUGGAUGGGAUACAUCGCUGUUGCCACCGAUGAACAAGAAAUCAAACGGUUAGGACGCCGUGACAUAGUUAUUGCAUGGAGGGGCACAGUGACAUACAUAGAAUGGAUAUACGACCUAAAAGACAUUCUCCACGAAGCAAACUUCAGAAACGACCCAUCAAUCAAAGUAGAAUUAGGCUUCUAUGACUUAUACACUAAGAAAGAAGAUUCAUGCAGUUAUUGCACAUUCUCAGCUCGAGAACAAGUCCUCUCAGAAAUAAAACGCCUUGUACAAUACUACGAAGAAGAAAAACUCAGCAUCACAAUCACAGGACACAGUCUCGGUGCUGCAUUAGCCAUACUCAGCGCCUACGACAUCGCUGAACUAAAACUAAACGUCGUAGAAGACAAUGUCGUCCCUGUAACCGUUUACUCGUUCGCAGGCCCUAGGGUUGGGAAUUUGAAGUUUAAAGAAAGGUGUGAUGAACUCGGUGUUAAGGUUUUAAGAAUAUUAAACGUGCAUGACAAGGUUCCAACAGUUCCAGGGAUAAUAACUAAUGAGAAGUUUCAGUUUCAAAAGUAUAUAGAAGAUGCUUUGUCUUUUCCUUGGAGUUAUGCACAUGUUGGAACUGAGAUUGCUUUGGAUCAUAGAGAAAGUCCUUUUUUGAAGGAAAAUGGUGAUCUAGGUUGUGCACAUAAUUUAGAGGUACUUUUGCAUUUAAUAGAUGGGUAUCAUGGGAAGAAGAAAAAAUUUGAGCUGGUUUCAAAAAGAGAUAUUGCACUAGUGAAUAAGAGCUGUGAUUUUCUACUCAGUGAGUAUGGUGUACCACCUCAUUGGAGGCAAGAUGAAAAUAAAGGGAUGGUGAGAAGUGGUGAUGGACGUUGGGUUUUGCCUGAACGGCCUCAAUUGGAAGCUCAUCCACCAGACACUGAACAUCUUCUUAAGUUAGUGCUUAAUUAUCAUAUUCACGUUAAUGCUAAGUUUCAAUCAUCAUGA